UGUAAUAUAAAUCCUUAAUUGAAUAAAUAUAACGCGUUUUAUUCGUAUAUAACGAGGAAUGGUUCAGUCUUACUCAUCCAUCUUCCCCAUACAUUUCUUUGUCCGUCCCAACCCAGCACCCAAACCUAAUCCCUGUUAAUACUGUUAACGGUAGAAUGGCAGAAUCAACCUCGGAUUACUAUUUGCAAGAAGUUAUUCUUAACGAAAAUGGAACUGUUACCUAUCAAUCGUUAGCGCGUCACCUCAAAAUACACAUCGAUGAAGCAAGAAAGACUAUGCUUGAGUUCUCUCGGGGGCAUCCAGAAACGCAAUUGAUUUAUUUGGUUGCGGGAAUGAAACAGCUUGCAUCUACAGUGGUUUCUGAGGACUCUGAGUUGGUUUGUACAGCUCAAUCUAGCUAUCAGCUUGCACGAGCAUCCGAACUUGAGGACAUAAAACGCUCUUUCGAUAAAGUUUCGAGUGUAACAGUGUACGCUAUGUCUGGCGUUAUCUUACAAGAUUUUGAUGAACUCGUACCCAUUAUAAAUCAUUACGAAGCACAGACUGUUGCAUACUCUAAGGAGGAUGCUAAAAAAUUCGGUUUUAUUUACAACAAAAACUCCAAGCCUCGGGAUGAGUACGCAGAGACCUUGGAAAAACAACAGAAGAAACAACCAAGCGUCGUUAAACUCGAAAAUAAAAGGGCCGCUACAGUGCCUGUUGCUGGUCGCCCAACUAGUACAAAGCCUAGUGUGAAGCGUCAAACAAAGAGGGACAAGGAAAACGAGGAACUGGCAUCAAUGAUGGAAGUCGAUGAUGAAUCUUUUGCCCCGUCCACACGUACAAGCGGUAGAUCAACUCCCUCAAUUGGUUCUGUUCCGGUUGAUUCCAAAUCUACUACAUCUGCUAAUGCAGAUCAAGAGUCCGACGUGAACGAGUCUAUAACGUCUCGUUCCAACGGUCGUAAACGUGGUAAGAGAAAGGUACUUAAAAAAGAAACAACUACAGAUGAGGAAGGGUUUAUUGUUGUACGAGAGAACUACGUCUGGGAAUCAUUCUCAGAAGACGAAGAAACUGCUUCACCGGAAUCUAUGACAGCAGCUAAACCCAAGCGCUCAAAUACUGCUCCUGUACGUAAACGCAGCACUGCUGCACCAAAAAAAAAGACUCAACAAAAGUCGAUCAUGUCCUUUUUUGGAAAGAAUUGAUCCAUGCUCACACUUCCAUAACAAAAGACAAAACAUUUCAUCAACGUCUACUCCCUUUCAUCCUCGUCAAAUCCGUCCGGUUCCUCUGCCAAACACUCAGACAGUCAGUUUCUUUGUAAAACAGCCAUUUACUAUGUUUUCCUAUUGUUACCACUUCUAUACAACAAUUCUUCUUUCCAGCACAACUGCGUAUCUUCCUUCUGGCGGUAAGGUAAGGCCUAUGCAAGUUCCUCAGAUAUUCACCCCCACACACCCCACAUGUCCGAGUAACAUUGUUACCUUUCAGUUUUGCGCUUCUCGACGACAAUUGCCUUCUUGCCC